CGUCCUGAGUAAUGGCUCCCCCAGACGACGCAAAUGACAGCAGCACGGUGGACGUAUUGGACGCGGCCGGAAACGGGUCGGCCACUUCCGCUUCCGGCGUUUGGGCCACCGCGGAAGCUGACGAGGAUAUCUUCCAAAGGAUGGACGUCCGCGUCAGCCUCAUCUUGGCGUAUUCCAUCGUAUUUUGCUGCUGUUUCUUUGGCAACCUACUUGUCGUACUGGUGGUCGUGGUACACCGGCGCAUGCGCACCAUCACCAACUUCUUUCUCACAAACCUGGCGGUGGCUGAUCUGUGCGUGGGCCUGUUUUGCGUCUACCAGAACAUGUCCGUCUACCUGAUGGGAGAGUGGCCCUUUGGCGACUUCCUCUGCAGGAUGUACUUCUUCGUCCAGGCCCUCAGCUACACGGCGUCCGUGGGCAUCCUGACCGUCAUCUGCGUCGAGCGCUACAUCGCCAUCGUGCAUCCCAUGUGGAGCAAGCACGUGAUCACGCUGCGUCGGCUCCGCAUAGUCGUCCUGUCCGUGUGGCUCGUGAGCGCCGGUUUUUGCAGCCCGCGGCUGGUCAUGUGCGGCACGGCCGAGGUGCCCUCUCACGACGAGCCGGGCCGUACCAUCCACAUCUGCAUCAUGCGCCGCUUCCUCUACGACUCGCGCACCUACGACGUGCUCAACUUCGUCGUGUGCUUCUUCGUGCCGCUCGCCAUCAUGAGCGUCAUGUACUCCAUCAUCGGCCUCCAGCUGUGGCGAAGCAGCGUCCCCACGGCCAACUCCUGCAGUGGCCCGCGAAGGGCCACGAUGGAGCUGCUCCCUCUGGCCAGGGCCAACUCGAGCGCCGCAGCGCAGUGUCGGGAGAGCCUCCUCCAGGACAACGGCCGAGGAGUCACCAAAAAGCCUCGGCAGGCGGGGAACAAGAAACACUGCUUCCCCAUCGCCGCCAGCAGUCAAGUUCACCAGCACUACCAGCAACAAGCUGCCGCAACGGUGCUCAGAGCCCGGCGCAAGGUCAUACGCCUCCUGGUGGCCGUAGUGCUCGGGUUCGCCGUCUGCAACCUGCCCUUCCAUGCGCGCAAGUUCUACCAGUACUGGUCGUCCAGCUACGAGGGGGCGUCGCGGUCGGCGGUGAGCCUGACCAUAGCCACGACGCUGGUGCUGUACAUGAACUCGUUCAUCAACCCGAUACUGUACGCGUUCCUGUCGGACAACUUCCGGCGCAGUAUGAAGGAUGUGCUCAUGUGUCGCUCGCGGCGGAAGAUACGCCGUCUGUCUUCGAACCGCUCCAAUGGCAAGACGACCGCGUCGUCCGUGUUCCAGCACCAAGAGAACACGGCGGUGCACACGAACGGCUUCGUCUGAGGAAGGCUGCGUUUCGCCGUAGUUGCGCUGUGAUUUGUACUGCGCUGUAUGCGUGCCAGUGUGAACGUAACUUGGUGUGUGCCUGGUAACCCUCACCGCACAUGGUCUACGGGCUGCCCUAGAUGCGCGACUGAAGUGGCUGCCAUAGA